AGUUUCGUUGUGUUUUGGUCUAGUUUUGGUUAACUCUUGGAAAAAUAAUUUUUAUUUUGUAUUCAAUAAGUUGAAUUAGUGGUAAUUUAUCUUUGUUAAAAUCUUUUUAUAGCAGCAUAAUAAAACCCAUAUCCAAAAAUGUCUGAAAGAAAGGUUUUAAAUAAAUAUUAUCCCCCGGAUUUUGAUCCAUCAAAAAUCCCUCGCAUGAAAUUGGCGAAAAACCGUCAAUAUACUGUUCGUCUAAUGGCACCUUUCAACAUGAGAUGCGCUACUUGUGGGGAGUAUAUUUACAAGGGAAAAAAGUUCAACGCAAGAAAAGAGGAUGUUGAAAACGAAGAUUAUUUGGGAAUAAGAAUAUACAGAUUCUAUAUCAAAUGUACUCGCUGUCUACAAGAAAUUUCAUUCAAAACAGACCCUAAGAAUACAGAUUAUGAAAUAGAAGCUGGGGCCACCAGGAACUUUAUGGCUUUAAAGUUAGCAGAAGAACAAGCCAAGCGGGAAGAGGAAGAACAGAAAGAGGAAGAAGCAAAUAAUCCUAUGAAAUUAUUGGAGUAUAGAACAGAACAAUCAAGACAAGAGAUAGAGCUGUUAGAAAGUCUUGAAGAGUUGAAGGAGUUGAAUCGACGACAGAGGUCGGUGGAUUAUGAGAGUAUGUUGAAACAGUAUCAACCCGAAACACCAGAAGAAAGAAAAGCCAGGGAAGAAAAGGAAGACAAUGAGUUUAUCAAGUCAGUUAAAUUCAAUAAUCCAUCUACAAAGCACAAAAUUGUGACCGAAGAAAUAAUUGAGGAGGUGACAGAGGGAGAACCUAGUGUAAAAAUUACGAAAACAGAUACAAAAGACAAUAUCAAUGUUGCAAAAAUUAGCACUACUAAAAAUGAAACAUGGAAUAAGAGUAUUGGUGUACUAUCAAAGAAGACAACAUUAUCAAAUCUCGUGGUAAAAAAAUCAGCACAACCACCAUUGAAUCAGGUUAAGAUUGAAAAAGAAGAAACUUCACAAUCAGAGAAGAUAAAAGAAGAAAAGCCGUCACAAUCAGGAGGAUUAUCACUGUUAGCUAAUUAUUCGGGGAGUGAUAGUGAUUCAAAUUGAAAUUGUAAUUUUGUGGAGUACAAGCAAACAAAAGAGUUGUGAAAUAUAAUUUAUUUUAAUGAGAAACAGGUA